AUGUCCAGUUUCUUGCAUAAAGUUUUUAGUAAUUAUAGCUGUUCUGAUGGAUUGUACGUGGACAAAGAAGGCUGUAAAUUGUUAUUUAUUGAACUUUAUGGGAGAAAACCGAACAAAGAAGAGAUGAAAUGUAUUUUAUCGUUUUUUGAAUCAAAUUCCGAUGGUGAGCCGAUUGGUCUAACAUUUUGUGGUUUUCUUUCUUCUAUCCAAAUGCUUCAGAAACAUUUUCAGAAUAACCUUCCACAUAUUGACAAACACAAUAGAUUAUCAUUUGAUUGUUUAGAUCUAGACUCAAAAGACUUUGUCAUGAUAAAUGAUUUACACAAAAUAUGGAGUAGAUACAUACCAUCUUUACCAUCUGGUCUACUGCGCACUAUUUUCAGAGAGUUUGACCAAGAUUGUGACGGCCGAGUUUCAUAUGAAGAUUAUCUACAUACUACAAAGUUUAAUAUGUAA